AUGAUGAUUCAAGUGAUUAUCAAUUGGUUAUUCGAUAAUAAAUCCGUAUUAUUUGGCGCACUUCUCCCGAUUCUCUUAUCACCAGUCGUUGGAUUCGAUUGUGCUGGAAAGAAUAAAAUUGGUGAGUUGCAAGUGCGCUCCACCGGAAUCCGAACUCUUGUUGUCACAGGAAAGAACAAGAACAUGAAGAAGAAGAAACAAGAGGAAACGGAAUCAGAGAAUUCGAAAAAGAAGAAAAAGAAAAGGAGCAAGGAGGAUACAUCGGGGGAUAGUGUAGAGGAGAGUGCUCCGAUGAAGAAAUCUGUGAUGAAGAAGUCGUCGCCAUUCAAAAAGCUCAAAAAUAAAAAGAGCAAAGGACCCGCUAUCUAUAAGCCUCCCCCUCUUCACGAACGUCCGAAGAAUCCUGGAUUCGAAGCGCCAAUUGAGCCAACGGAGGAUACGAACACUUAUCGACAGAUAGAAGGAUUCCGUGAUGCACAGAAUUUUGCCUGA